ACCGCAAUAAACAGAUGUCUUUGCAGGUCCUCAAAAUAUGUUCUUUUUAAAUUUUCUAUAGAAAACGGUAAGUUGAAUAAAUCGACAAUUAUGAACAAUUCAAUUUUCGUGUUAGAGACAAAGGGAUAGUCAAUUUUGAUUAGUUUUCAUUUGUUUAAUGCUGAAGGGAUCGUUUCUUGUCAUUUGAAAGCUAUUAGUAUCCAUAUUUUUGUUCCUUCUUGCUCUAUUUCUGAUCUGAAGGAAGAGGCAGAAACUCAAAAAAAGAAACCAACUUUCGUUGCUCAGUUCUGGUUUUUCAUAGGCAUCUUGUUAGGGCUGCAGCAGAACCGAGGAGUCGAGGAUUUCGACCUGCAGAAUACAUCUUCUCUAGCACAAUGGAUCAAAAGACUACUAGAAAUGGCCUUGAGUUGGGUAGACCAGUCUCUAAUAAGCAUCUUGAUCUUUUGAGGUCAUUUGCUCGACAUAUUUCAUUAGUUAAAGGGAAAGUAAUAGAUGCUGUGGGCCGUGAAAAGGGCAGGUACACCCUGUUGAAAGAUCCAGAAGACUCCCAACUAGGGUUUUACGACAAGCCCCUUCCAUGCUUCGGCUGUGGGAUCGGAUGGUUUUCAUUUCUUUUGGGGUUUGCAUUCCCUUUAAUUUGGUACUAUGCAACACUUCUCUAUUUUGGAAAUCACUACCGCAGGGAUCCUAGGGAGCGAGCAGGACUGGCAGCCUCAGCAAUUGCGUGUAAAGGUUCUCUAUCUUGAAGUAGCAUAAUUUUUAUUGUCGUUGCAGGCACUAGCUUUCACUGUGGUGUUGGUCAUAGCAGCUUAUUUUUUCAUUUAGCCGCUGCCACUCUAUUGUUGAGAUUUCGUGAGCAUGAGAAAAGCGUAGUAGAAUUGCAAGGACAUGUAGAUAACACGACAGAAGAGAUGGGAAGAACAUUUAGUCCCAAGGCGGUUCCCCAAAAAUUUGAGUGUAGAUUAUACAAUCCAGACUUCCCUGUUAUAGAUAUUCUUCAUUUGUAUGGACAGAUGCAAGAAAAAUUGUUUUCAUGUAAACUGUACACAAGAUUUCAUAAAUGUCUGAUAGUUUAUUUAAAGCUCAGUUCAUGUGCAAGGAAACCAAUGGAUCGAUAAAGCUAGGUUCAUAUGCCAGGUUCCUAAUGGGUAUAGUUUGUUUCUAAAAAUUGUUAAGAGUUUUUUGCUUUUUGGUUAACGUGUUCUCGUGUGAUAUAAAUGUGAAAGUAGUUUUGAGCGUA